CUUAAGUCAAACAGUUUGUUUCAUAGAAGAAUUUAAAAAAUAGCCACUAGUAGACAAACUUAAUAUACAAAGGUGCUCCAAACCGUAUGAGUGAGCUCAGUGUACUUCAGGAAGGACAAGCUGAAUAUAAUACUCAAAUACAACAAAUAAAUGGGUUGCCGUCACAAUAAGUUUAGGAGUAAUUAUAUCUAGGAAAAGUUUUGAUUUUAUGGGGCAAUGAGAAUAUCUAUAUAAGAUUAAAAUUACACAAGGUUGGCAUAUUGAGCUAUUAAUACUUGCAAGUAUGACAAUUUACAAUU